AUGGCACUGAGAAUAUUUAAAAAAGUGGAUAUUUUUUCAUAGCCUGUUUAACUAUUAAUAAAAUAGGAAUAGGGACAUAAAACUUUAUUUGGUGCUUGCCUAACUUUGGGAUUAAUUUCUUUUUUUCUAUACAUGCUUAUUAUAAAUCUAUAUGAUUUGUAACAAAGAAAAAAUUUAAGUUCACUGUCAACAGAGAUUUAUCAUGCAUAACCUGAAUAAUUCAAUUUGAAUGAUUAAAAUUUUACCUUAACUUUUGCUAUUUAAAACUCUUCUUUUAAUACUUAUAUAGAUGAAUCAGUCUAUGUUGUAGAAGCCAAAAUCUAAACUAAAACCUCUAGAAUGUAUGAAUUUGAAUUUAAUUAUUAGUACUGAUAAUGAAAAAAUUGAUGUAUGGACAUAAAAAGAACUUCCUUUAACAUCUUGCACUCCAGAACUUAUUAGAUAAGAUGAAUUAUAAAAAUAUUUUUCUCAUUUAGAUUUAAAAACUAAUUAUUGUAUUGAUUGGAAUAGAAUUAAAGAGUUAAAUUUAGAAGGCACCUUUGUUUCUGAAGUUUAUAGUGCUAUUUUAUUAUAAUUUAAAAUUUGCAACAGUUUAACUAAAAAAUAAAAAGAAUGUAAAUCAAGGGAUGAAAUUAAAUAAUAGUUAGAAUAAAACUAUUUUUCAUUUUAAAUGUCAUCAUAUGUAAUAGAUGUAAAAAAUGAAGAUUAUCCAUUUCUAUCAAAAGCAGAAGAUAUUUUCACUACAAUUUCUAGUAAGAUUUUUAAAGAAAUAACAUUUUAUAUGUAGCCAAUAACAGUAUUUACAGAUUUAGGUCUUAUUAAUGAAAAUUACCAAGUUUAAAAAACCUUAAGAUAUAAAAGACAUACGGAAAUGAUUGAUUUAAAUGAAAGUGACUUAAUAAUGAAUGUUGUAAUACGAUUAGAUUAAACUGAAUAAUAAUAUUAUAGAAACUACACUAAAAUUUAAAUAAUCUUAAGUCAAAUGGGUGGACUUUGGUAAGUAUUUUUUACUAUUGCCUUUAUUUUAUAAAAACCAAUCAAUAUUUUAUCCUAUUAUGUUAGAAUUUUGAAUUCCUUAUUUGAAUUUGAGUAAGAAUAAAAAAACACAAUUAAAAAUUAAAGAAAAGUAUAUCAUAAUCCAGAAACACUAUAAUAAGAAUUUGUAACUAGAAGAUAAUAACAAUCUACUAAAGAAAUAUUAUUUGUUGAAAAUAACAAAAUACCACGUUAAAGAUUAUAAUCUAUAAAAAUAAAGAAAAAAUAAAUGGAAAUUAUCGAUUCACUAGAUCAUCAUUAAUCAAAAGAAGAAGCUAAACAAUAAUUAACUAAAGCUAUCUAAUUUUCAAUUAAAUAAUAUUUUCAUAGCAUUUCAAAAAAGCUAAAAAUGAAAUGGAUUGAUUACAUAUAUUUCAUUAAUUGCUUUGUUAAGUAAACUAUAUAUUUUAUUUAGUUCCAAAAAUUAUAAAAGUAUUCAAAUUUAAUACUCCUUUCAAAAAAUAAUUAAGUAAAUGGAUAUUUUAUAUAUUUUGAAGAAAUUGCAGGAAAUAGAUAAAUUGAAAAUGAUCUUGUUAACCGAACCUUAAAUUAAGAUUUUCGAUUAUCUGUAAAAACCUACAAUUCCAUUAGAUCCUAAUUCAAAAUAGUUUAAGAUAACUUAAAAUUAUUAUUCGAUUUUAAAACCUAUAAAAAGUGAUUAUCAGAGAGCUGUUGAUGCCGAAUAUGCCUUUAAGGAGUUAUUCAAAAAUCUAGAUAAUCCAAUUAAUAUGAAAUUAAUAAAUUCUAUAGAUAAAACAGUAGUUGAUUUAUUAAAAAUGAGAAAUGAUAGUUAGGAUGUUUUAUCAAUAGAUGAUGAAGUCUGUGUUAGCGAAUAAGGAUAAGAUAAAAAUGUUGUGCUUACAAUUGAUAUCAAUUAGAGGCAUUCUUCAUUAGCAAAUUGA